AUGGCUCCCGACGCUGAGGUUGCGGGCACCCAUGGCCCAGUCAAGGCACAUACAACUUGGGUCAAUAUUCUCACGAUCCUCGCAGCAGCAACCGCCAGUUUCAAUUUUGGCUAUUCCAACAAUGCUAUCGCUGGAACUCUGGCGCAAACCUCCUUUGGCGCAUACUUCUUGACCGUCGAUCCUACAUCUCGUGUAGGAGGGAUGCUAGGAGCGUUUUUCGGCGGAGGCUUCAUUGGCUGCAUCCUCCAAAGCCCGCUUUCUUCUCGUCUUGGUAGACGACCAUGUAACAUGACGGCGGCUGUGAUUAUCAUGAUAGCCGCAGCCCUCCAAGCCGGCAGUGUUCACCUCGCAAUGUUCCUCGUGGCACGUUUCUUGAACGGCAUCGGAGCUGGUAUGAUCAUCGCCAAUACCCCUGUCUACAUGAGCGAAAUUUCACCAGCCCACACGCGAGGUGUCCUGGUCAGCUUCCAGGGCAUUGCCAUCACUGGGGCGUACAUUGUGUCAUCUCUCUUUGCGUUUGGGUUCCACUUUGUUGACCACGCCUAUCAAUGGCGCCUGCAAUAUGUGAUUCUGACUGCUUUCGCGGUGCUCUUGGUGGUAACCAUGUACUUUAUUCCUGAAAGCCCUAGAUGGCUCAUGGACAAUGGGAGAGCCGACGAGGCUUGGGCAGUUCUCCGAAAGCUGCAUAGGUCGAAGAGCGAUCCCGAGGCGCGACUUGCACGUCUGGAGUAUAUUCAGAUCAAGGCACAGAUUGAAGAGGAGAAGUCCCUGCCAUCUGGCUAUUGGCACAUUUUGUCCAAUGCUUCCACCCGGAAACGGGCGAUCUGUGGGGCGAUGGUCUGGUUGAUGGGGCAGUCGACCGGUAUUGUCGUGAUUGCAAACUUUGCACCCCAACUCUUCGCAGGACUCGGCUUCAGCAACGAACUUCAACUCGGACUUUCAGUGGUCUGGGUCACAGUAUGCGCCGUCGGAACAUGGCUUAGUGGUCUGCUCAUUGAGCGCAUCGGUCGAGUGAAGCAACUUGCUCUGGGUGGCUACUUGUGCUCCGCGUGCCUCGUCGUUGAAGCCGUUCUCCAGAAAUACUACAUUGGAACGGCCAAUGGAGCCGGUCUCCGAGCAGCUACUGCGAUGUAUUUUGUUUUCGUCUUCCUCUUCGGACUCUUGAUUGAAUGCCCUGGCUACACCUACAUCGUUGAGAUUUGGCCAACACAUCUCCGGAGUGAGGGCGCCACAAUCGGCUUCAUGUCUUUCUUCCUGACGACGAUUGCAUAUAACAGCCCAGCGGCGGAGGCGUUUGCAACGAUUGGGUGGAGAUAUUACUUUGUGAUGAUCUCGGUUUGUCUUGUGUCUAACACAUUUCUUCUCUGGUACUGCCCCGAGACUGCCGGUUUGACUCUCGAAGAAAUUGCAGCCAAAUUCGGGGACCAUGUUGCCAUAGAGAUCAAGAACAUUGAUGUUGAUCUGGUCGACAUGGAGAAAUCUAAGAAUAAGCACGUGGAAACUACAGGGCUAUAG